AUGUCUCAAUCAUCCUCUCUUCAGCUCGUUUCCUCUCUGUUUGGAACCAUCUUUAUCGGAUUCGGUGUCAAUGCGAUUUUCCGUCCCACCCAUGCCUUGACCUUUUUCGAGCUCACUCCGCCUACUACUGCAUCUGAUCGACGCAUUGUUGAUAGCCUCAUGGCCAUCUACGGAGUCCGAGAUAUCUUCAUGGGCCUCGCCAUCUACGCUGCUGCAUUUUUCGGAACGCGGAAGUCGCUGGGCUGGAUCCUGAUUGCCGCCAGUGCCGUGGCCUUCGCCGACGGGGCCGUGUGUUGGAGUCUCGGUGCAGGGGAAUGGAAUCACUGGGGAUAUGCGCCUGCCAUAACCAUCGUCGGGGCGUUGUUGCUCGGUGGCUCCCAGAAGAAGUGA